GGCCGCUGUGAUUUUUAAAGUACGGGCGGGAGAGGCACAAACCGUCGCAUACGAAAAUGGAGAGCCGGUGCUUUGACUCAGCGAGCCACUCGCGCGAGGAAAAACGUCCUUUGAUACGUUCAAAGCGACUUAGUCACGCUCUUGAGGCGUGUAAGUUGUGUGUUUUGUGUGGUUUUCUUUUCGUGCGGUUAAGCCCGAGCAACGUUGGCUAAGCGGCCCCAAGUGGCGUUGCUAAUGCUAUCGUGGGUAGCUCUUGCGCGCCGUGUUCAUUUUUUCCCGUGAAAUAACAGUGCUUCUGGAGCAGUGAAGUGUCUUUCUUCAUGGCAGUUCGUAGAGGACACAUUCAGUACUUGGAUCAGGAGGCAUACAAUAUGUCCAACGGUUACGACAUGCCGGGCGAGGACGCAAAGAACGCCAAGACCAACCUGAUCGUCAACUACCUGCCGCAGGGCAUGUCGCAAGAUGACCUGCGCAACCUCUUCGGCAGCGUCGGCGAGGUGGAGUCGGCCAAGCUGAUUCGUGAUAAAGUCGGAGGCCACAGUUUAGGGUACGGAUUUGUUAACUAUGUUAACCCUAGUGACGCAGAAAGAGCUAUCGAAUCACUGAAUGGACUAAGGCUACAUUCCAAAACGAUCAAGGUGUCGUACGCGCGGCCCAGCUCGGACACCAUCAAGGACGCCAACUUGUACAUCACCAGUCUGCCCAAGACCAUGAUGCAGAAGGACGUGGAGGAAAUGUUCUCGCGCUACGGCCGCAUCAUCAACUCCCGCGUGCUCGUCGACCAGUCUACAGGCAUGUCGCGAGGCAAGGCCUUCAUCCGCUUCGACAAGCGCUCCGAGGCCGAGGAGGCGGCGAAAAACAUUAACGGGCAAAAGCCGCCGGGGGCCUCGGAGCCCAUCUCGGUGCGCUUCGCCGCCGACCCCAACAUGAUGAAGAACACGCAGCUCCUCUCGCAGCUCUACCACAACCAGUCCAGACGCUUCGCCGGGCCCAUGCACCACCAGGCGCAGCGGUUCAGAUUCUCCCCGAUGGGCGUGGACCACAUGGGCAGCGUGGGCAACGUGGGCGUGCCGGGCAACUCGGCCUCGGGCUGGUGCAUCUUCAUCUACAACCUGGGCCAGGACGCCGACGAGAGCAUUCUGUGGCAGAUGUUCGGCCCCUUCGGCGCCGUCACCAACGUCAAGGUGAUCCGCGACUUCAACACUAACAAGUGCAAAGGCUUCGGCUUUGUCACCAUGACCAACUACGAGGAGGCGGCCAUGGCCAUCGCCAGCCUGAACGGCUACCGCCUGGGCGACAAGACCCUGCAGGUGUCGUUCAAGACCAGCAAGGGCCACAAGUAGAGGCGAGAGCUUGGCGGGGGAGCUUCGGGAAGUACGCUCCGCUUGGUUUAACGCGUUCACUCAACACUGCACCCCAAAAAAAAAAAAAGUCUCCCAACUUACAUUGCUCGUUGUUGGUUUUCGCUUUUUUCUUCCGGAGCAUGAGACUUUUGUAUCGUCGUUACAGUAAUUCCGAACCUUCAAAAAUCUGCUACUUUACUGCGCACGCGGUAGCGAGAAAUUCAGACUGAGCAUCCUGGCAAUACUCAACAGGGUGUGUAUACUUUCUUGCCGGGGCGAGGGGUGUUUUUGGGGUGAAAUGAAAACCAGAAUUUCGCCUCCUUUGGUUCAUAUUCUGAGCCACGUUUUGCUCUGCGUCCCCCCCCCCCACCCCCCCUCUCUCUCACGAAGCAGCAGCCCUGUAGUAUUGUCACUUUGAGACAUGGAGGCCUUGGAUUCUAAUCAGCCAGUGGACGUAAAUGUGCGAGCAAAUGCAUUUCCAAUUUGGGUUUCGCUUCAAGCCCCCCCCCCCCACCCACCCCUCCCCUCCGAGUUGAUCUAAAGAUCAAAUUUGGACGUGAAUCAACAAAUUGCCCGCCCUACAGAUUGAAAUCUGGGUAUCUUUUAAUUAAUGUCGUUCUUAUUUGUAUGGGGUGGGGGGGCAAGAUUGAGGAGGGAAAAGUGAUGGACCAACUGGCUUUUUUUCUUCUUCUUCUUCCCCCUCCCACAAUGGACAGAGGUACUCAAGAGUUUUAUCAGACUGACUGGACGCAACAUCACUUUAUUCCUCCCGCCUCUUUUCAUUCGUGUUGUUUAAUCAAGAACAAAAGAAAAAAAAGUUGCUUUUUGUGAUUUUUCUUUUUAGCAGAGGCAGGCUUUAUUUUGUUUGGUUUUCGUUGUUUUAACAACUUUUAACAAGUGCUCAUCUCAAGUUUGGAGUGAAACCGAUGGCCUUUGUUGAUCAUUUCACUUUAUUAUUAUUUUUUUUGGUUCGUUGUUUCACUUUUCAGCUCAAACCAUUAAAUUUACUUUUGUUUUGCGAAACCUUGGCGUUGUUUUUUCUUUUUGUCUUUUUUUUAAUUCUUCCAAUUUGGCCCAACUAAAAUAAAUACAAUGUUGAUACAUU